UCCUUCAUUUUCAUGAUUUCUGCUAGGGGUCAGCAUGUUGACCCCGGCAUGUUUUGUUAUGUAACCUUGGAAUUUGCUCUAAGCAAGCGUGCCGUACAUACAUGUUCAUGUGCGUAGUAAAUAAAAGAAAUGGCAUAAUAUUUGUAAUUACAUCACAACCCAGAUAUUUCAUAAAUAGAUUAGCUUCUUGCUUGACUACGACCAUUUUCAAAAGUUGAACAUCCAAGAUUUCCUCACCGUAAACCGUAGUUGCACGACAGCAGAACUAGUAGUCGGACCAUACGUGCCCAGACACCCUCGCGUCUUGUGCAUACGUUUGUAACGUUACUUGUCUUUUCCUUCCUCCAUGCUUGGAUCUCGAGGAUCCAUGUCACGAUCUUUGUUAAGUGAACAUGUUUGAAAUUGUUAUUAAUCAUGUGUAUAAAUUUCCGUUUGAUCUGGUGGUAAGGACACAUUUUACGAAGUACCCUACUAGCAAAGAACAAAAUGUCAUCUGUAUGAAAACUGUGGAAGAACGAAUAGAUGAAGAAAAAGAUGUGGAGUACAAACGAAGGAUAGCUACAUGUAGAAAUGUACUACCAUCAAUAUUCAAAAAGAUUCAGUUACUCAAUGAGGAUGCAGUCUAUUUGGAAGAAGAGACAUGGCAUGAUCGUAAAUACAAGCAUCUUAUUGUCAAGAGUCAUAGUCUUACAUGGAACAAGUAUGCAGACACCUGGGAAGAGUCCGAGUUCAGCAUUUGCCCCCAAAAUUCAAACUGGACUCAACUGAAGCAAAAAGGAGGGCUUCGUAUCAAGGGAUUUGGCAUUUUAGGCGGAAUGAUUGAGAUGUUUCUACACGGCUUUGCAAAUAAAGGGGGCUGGAAGGCCAUUCGCAUCAUGGAGGAGUUGAUGACAGAAUCGACAUCAGUGAAGAAUUCUGUGCAUAGUGUUGGCUCCUCAAGAUUGUAACCAAAAGACAGAACACUUGUUGCACGCAAACAUUGAACUUGCAAAAUGCAGGAUGGGAAACAUUCACGUCUCUUUUAAGAGUGUAGCCAAUUAGUCAAGAAGGUUGUGUACAUCUACACGUAAUGCCAUUUAACUAUGUACAUGUAUUUACAUAUACACCGUAGACUUUAUGGACACAACUACAUGUACAUCCAGAAAAUUACAUAGAUGCCUCGAUGAUGGCCCUGGUGAAAUAGCCAAGCUGUUUAAGGGUUGAAAGAAGUUGUAUGUACACGGUGAUUUCCAAGAUGUGUCAUUACAGUGUUACUCUUUCAUUAUCCCUAUUUGCUGUCUGUGCACUGAGGCACUUUGAGUGCUACAAAGCAUGCUAUGUAAGGACUUAGAUUGGAUCUGACAGCUUUACAGCAACAGAGUAACAUGCCACAAAUAGUCCAACAUGCAUGUACAUGUAUGCACAGAAACCAACAUGUUGCAAGUGCAAAAUGCACCUUACAGGGUUCAACCCCCCCCCAAAAAAAAUUGUUUCCACAAAUAUCAUUUGACAAAUUACAUCAUAAAACUCAUUUUUUUGCUCUGUCCAGUUGAAGUUCAAGUGCAAUCAUUGAACUUAAAUGCUUAAUAACCAUGCAACUUUUUGGCCCGAUACUUUUUCAAAUUCCUUCUAAUUCUAAACUUGAUGAAACUGCUAUUUUAUUCAGGAGACGGUUGCUUAAUUCAUUGUGCAGUUUCAGAAUUUCAAGAAUGUGUAUUUAACAUGGUGAUGAUCUUAUUAACUGGUUUCUGUAAUAACCACAUGAAACCAUUUCAUUAUCCUAUUUAUUUGUUGAUGGAAACUAAAACAAAUUUAAACGUAACAUGACAAAAUCUUGUUAAAUUCUGUAUCUUCAUUCUGUAGGCUUUUCCAAUGAUCUCAUCUGUGAAGGGGAGUUAAACUACACAUUGAUUGCUGUGGUAAAUCACGAGGCAGAAAGAAAAAGUAGUUGCCUUAUGUAAUAGCUCCCUGCAAUGCACUGUCGGUGUUGAAUGUGCUUUUCAGUUUUUGAAAAUAUAACAUUCUGAACUUUAGUUUGAUAAAAACAGCAAUUUCUGACAAUUAUUUUGCCAUGAGAAAAUUAAUGUUACCUUCAAGUUUACUGGGGGGGUCCCAAUAUUGUGUGGUGUUAUACAAAAACAAUUGUAAAUGUAACUUGAUCAUCUAUCAAUGUGUGAAUUACAUUCAGAAUCAAUAAAACCAACUUGAAUAGAAAAGAAA